CUGCGCGUUGGCCUCUAGCGUUCCAGGGGAGAAGGUUGAGCGUUUGAGUGUCCAUGGCAACCCGAUGGUUCCGCCUUCUGGAAGCUUACACUCCCGAGCUUGAUCUGAGAUACUGGCCCCAGUGGGAGGGACCUGGGCUGAGGGGACUGAUGGGGGAACAAAACAGUGGGAGUGGGUCAGGGAAGCUUCUGGAAAACACUUCCCUGGUUGUAAACUAAGAAAUAAUUGGCUCAAGGCUCUGCACAAGAGGAUCUUUGGGGUGCUUUGGCCCACACAGGGAAGGAUGCCUCUGGAGGUGGUGGUGGAGCUCCAAAUCCGGGAGAUUUCUUGCCCAGGAGUGUUCUUGCGGGACAAGGAAGGUGUGUACCUUGGAGUCUACCUCCUGAACCAGUACCUGGAGACAGGCUGCUUUUCAUCUGUGUUCCCCAUUGUGAUUCAGCAGAGCAUGAUCUUUCAAAAGGUAUUUGAAAAUGCGAUAGAUCCUGGAGCUGUUGCAGAACUUUUAGAAAGCUUCCUAACCAGGUUUGAAUUAAUACAGCUAGUGUCUCCAGUAUGGGAAGAGUUGGCCUACUAUGAAGAAAACACACGAGAUUUUCUGUUCCCUGAACCCAAGCUGACAUCGUCACACCUUGGCCUGCAGAGGGAGUUGCUCAUGAAAACAGCUAGAGGCUUUCCAGGCAUUGCUCCCAAACUAGAGUUUUCUACAAGGACAGCCAUCCGAGAAUGUGUGUUCCUGCAAAGAAACAGAUUUAUCGAAGAAAAGUAUAAACUACAAAGGCCUUUAUCGAAAUCCCAUGGACAAAGAGUCCUCGCAAAUAACAGGAAAAUGAAUCCAAAGGCAAAAAGCCCCGACGGACACCCCAAAGGCACCCAGUGCCGGCUGCAUGUCCCGUCGUUCUCCGGACAUCUCCUCCGCCAUCAGCCAACUCAGCUGAACCUCGGAGAAAGCUUCAGGUUCCACGGAGAAACGAGGCCUCCCUUUGUAGUUAGACAUGUGGACAGUGGAAACCCCUUUGGUGAAAAUACGUUGGUACAUCAUUCACAGAAGUCCAGAAGGAAAUCAAAGUUUUUAAACUUUGCUUUUCCAGUGAGAAAAGCAUCUUCUCUUGACAGCCUUGCAGCAAACGUAAAGGUUAUCAGAGAGCCAGACGAGCGGAUUGUCCUGCGGAGUCAGUCACCGUCAACUCUAGAUUCAACUAAGUUUGGAAAGCCCUUGCCCAGUCACCAAGGGGAUGCCAAUGUCCAUCAGGAAACUUUGGUUGCCACCUCGCAGCUUUCCAGAUCUCUCAGCCCUCUGGAUCAGCCUCUUCUCCGAAAAAGGUUCCAACCUCGUUCUCAGUCCACGUGGAAGAAGAUUCAUGAAAGGGUAUGCAGCCUCCUGACAACCCACAGAGCUCACUCAAAGGAAGACUUUAUCUCCGAAACAAAUUGUAUCUGUGAAAGGCCAAGCUACCCCCUGAAGAUACAGACACUGUAUGCAGAGAAAUAUUUUUAACUACUAUCUCAUGGGGACAUGAAUAGGAACUGAAGAAGAUGGAGGGCUUACUCAUAGAGACACGUGACACACCCUGGGAGAAGUGAGCAGCAUGCUUUGUUGUCUGGGUUGAGUUACUGGUGCCUAGCCCCCGUUAAAUCAAACCUUAUACUCAGUCUUUUGUGUCCAAGGUAAGAAUUGUUGAUUAAAUUCUGUUUGGGGCUCUCAUUCACUUGUCACCUGGAGAAUUUGUGUUUUCUGUUG